UCUUUCUCUGUGACCGCUGACUGAGUGACAAUCCAUUUGGAAAAAACUCUGUAAGAAAGUUGGAUUUGAACUUUUGCCGGAGAAGCCGUCUUCUUACAAAUCACAGGAUCCCGAACCCUUUCCAAAGCGAGAGUCGCUUCACGCUUCCAAGGCAACUGUGUAACUACGGAGCACAGGCAUGGGGGCAGAAAUCGGGCAAAAAACAAACAGAGUGUUGUCAUCAGAGAGGGGCCACUGAGGAGUAAUUCAGAAGUGGACAGAAUCGGAGGAGCGGAGAAGUUUCUGCAUGAGAAACUUUACAUCUCUGGGUGGAUUUUCUCAUAUUGUGCCACCGUGGAUAACGAGAGAAGAUUAAGGAGGCAAAACUUAACAGAGAUGAAACUCUUUGAAGGAUGGGAAUCUUUUACUUUUUCCCUCAUUUGUUUUCUGUAGCAUCUUCACACUCUUUACAACGUGUCAACAGAGCAGAACAUUGCCCUUUUUGAUUUCUGCCCUGGAAGAAACUGUUGGCUGAAGAGGCUGUUGACAAAAGUUGGAGACAGAGAUUUCUGCCUUGGAGACGGAGUGUGUGUGUGUGUGUGGUGUGUGGUGUGUUAGUGUUUGGGUUAUGUGAAAGCUUUCUCACAGUUGUGUCAGCAGCUCAGUGUGUUUAUUUAUGUAACUCCUGCACAAGAGAAGUUCGCUUUGCUGUGUGUGUGUGAUGCGAGGUUGCGAAGCCGCGAGCUGUCUAUCUGUCCUCGCCACAGACAGACACAGGGAGGGACAGACAUGUGUUUCCAUGGCGACCAGUGGCUGUAGCCCCUUCCCCAUGUGUUGGGACAGAGAAUAUGACAGACACCUAGCAGCUGCUGUGUCGGCGAGGAAAACCAUGGCGACGGCCUACCUGGACCCCAACCUGAAUCACGCCCUCCUCGGAGGUGCCAAGUCGCGGCUGAGCGCGGGGGGGUCAGACCGAACCAUUGCCGGCUCCGUGGACAGGGUUCUCAAAGUCUUCCACCACUUUGAGACCAACACUGAGAACAGCCACUGGUCGUCCAAUAUCAGAUAUGGAGACGCAACUGAUGUCAGGGGAAUCAUCCAGAAAAUUCUGGACAUCCACAAAGUGCGCUGGACGUCUUGCUUCGGUCUGCACCUCAGCAACAGCCAAUCCCGAGACCAGGUGCACUGGCUCCACCCCGAUAUGGGCGUUUCCCAAGUUAGAGAGAAAUACGAACGACCAAACGAGGAGUGGAGGUAUGAAUUAAGGAUCCGGUAUCUUCCGAAGGGCUUCGUGCAGCAGUUUACAGAAGACAAACCUACACUCAACUACUUCUACCACCAGGUGAAGAAUGACUACAUGACAGAGAUCGGGGAUCAGGUAGAACAAGAUGUGGCUCUCAAACUGGGCUGUUUAGAAAUCAGGAGGUUCUUCAAAGAGAUGAGAGGAAACGCCCUGGAUAAGAAAUCCAACUAUGAACUACUGGAGAAAGAUGUUGGUUUGAGGCGUUUUUUCCCAAAAGACCUGUUGGAUUCAGUCAAGGCUAAAACUCUGCGUAAGUUGAUCCAGCAGACCUUCAAGCAGGUGGCCAAUCUCAACGACGAACAGUGCAUCCUCAAGUUUUUGGAGAUUCUUGCGCCGGUCUACCGCUACGACAAAGAGUGCUUCAAAUGUGCCCUUGGUUCGAGCUGGGUGAUUCAGGUGGAGUUAGCCAUCGGGCCAGAGGAAGGGAUCAGCUACCUCACAGACAAGGGAUCCACGCCCACCCAUCUAGCAAACUUUAACCAGGUCCAGUCCAUCCAGUACUCGUCUAUGGAGGAGAAGGACAGGAAAGGCAUGUUACAGCUGAAUGUAGCUGGAGCGGCUGAGCCUCUCACAGUUACAACAGCAUCACUCACCAUGGCAGAGAACUUGGCUGACUUGAUUGAUGGCUACUGUCGACUCGUCUCCAUGGACACUCAUUCCUUCAUUGUCCGUUAUCAGAAAGAGGGAGAGAGAGCGCUGCCUUCCAUCCCAAAAGUGUCAAACAAUGAGAAGAAGUCGGAAGCGGUGAGGAGUGGAGUCAGAGCGAUCUCCGUCUCAGACCUAGUGACAUCGACGCCUCCUAAGCCAACCAAGGCGCGGCGUUUCCUCCUCCCCUUUGUCUUCUGUUCAGAUUCGCCGCCCAACGAAGAUCUUAGUGGGGAUGAGACCGAUGACUAUGCAGAGAUAGUGGAUGAAGAGGACACGUACACCAUGCCCUCCAUGAGCUAUGGAGUAGUCGAAGGUACUUCUUAUCACACUGAUGUUGUUUUUCCCGCGCGGGACUAUGAGAUCCAGAGGGACAGGAUCGAGUUGGGUCGCUGUAUCGGAGAGGGUCAGUUUGGAGAUGUGCACCAAGGAGUCUAUAACAGCUCGGACAACCCCGCUCUACCUGUCGCCAUUAAGACCUGUAAGAACUGUACCUCAGACAGCGUCAGAGAAAAGUUCCUACAAGAAGCAUUGACAAUGCGUCAGUUCGACCACCCUCACAUUGUCAAGCUAAUCGGAGUGAUCACAGAGAACCCGGUGUGGAUCAUCAUGGAGCUCUGUACGCUCGGAGAGUUGCGUUCGUUCCUUCAGGUGAGGAAGUACAGUCUGGACCUGGCCUCUCUCAUUCUGUUUGCCUACCAGCUCAGCACGGCGCUGGCCUAUCUGGAGAGCAAACGCUUCGUACACAGGGACAUUGCAGCUCGUAAUGUUUUGGUCUCAUCAGUUGACUGUGUGAUGCUCGGGGACUUUGGUCUGUCCCGAUACAUGGAGGACAGCUCUUACUACAAAGCUUCUAAAGGUAAACUUCCGAUAAAGUGGAUGGCCCCUGAAUCCAUCAACUUCAGAAGAUUCACGUCUGCCAGUGAUGUCUGGAUGUUUGGCGUGUGCAUGUGGGAGAUCCUGAUGUACGGCAUCAAGCCCUUCCAGGGGGUGAAGAACAACGACGUGAUCGGCAGGAUAGAGAACGGGGAGCGGCUGGCGAUGCCUCCUCAGUGCCCCCCCACCCUCUACAGUUUGAUGACCAAGUGUUGGUCGUACGACCCGAGCAAGAGGCCGCGGUUCACAGAACUCAAAACACAGCUCAACACCAUACUGGAGGAAGAGAAGCUUCAACAAGAGGAGAGACUUCGAAUGGAGAUGAGGAGACAAGUCACCGUGUCCUGGGACUCGGGAGGGUCUGAUGAAGCUCCACCUAAACCCAGUCGACCAGGUUACCCCAGUCCUCGCUCCAGUGAAGGGUUUUUCUCCAGCCCUCAACACAACCACUUUCCACCGUCAGCUCAUGGUGGUGUAGGAGGAGUAGGAGGCAGCUUCCCUCCUGCUGAUACCUGGAAUCAACACAGACCUGAACACACUGCACUGUGGAAUCCCGGCAUGGAGGAGGGUGGCUGUGUCGGCCAGGUUCUGAUGGAGGAGAGGCUGAUGAUGCAGCAACAACAGAUGGAGGAUGACCAGCGGUGGCUGGAGCAGGAGGAGAGCUUCAUGAAGACAGAGUCCAGAAACAGCAGAGGAAGCAUCGACAGAGAGGACGGCACACUACAAGCACCGAGUGGAAGCCAACACAUCUACCAGCCUGUUGGGAAACCAGAACACGUAGCUCCUCCUAAGAAGCCGCCCCGCCCUGGAGCUCCUGGUCACCUUGGCAACCUGGCCAGUCUCUGCCCUGUGGACAGCUACAACGAGGGCGUCAAGCCAUGGAGGUUGCAGCCCCAGGAGAUCAGUCCGCCUCCCACCGCCAACUUGGAUCGUUCCAACGACAAAGUGUAUGAGAAUGUGACGGGAUUGGUCAAAGCUGUGAUUGAGAUGUCCAACAGGAUUCAGCCUGCAGCACCAGAGGAGUACGUGCCCAUGGUGAAGGAGGUGGGUCUGGCUCUGAGGACCCUGCUAGCGACAGUAGAUGAGACGAUUCCUGUGCUGCCAGCCAGCACACACAGAGAGAUUGAAAUGGCUCAGAAGUUGUUGAAUUCCGAUCUGGCAGAGUUGAUAGCGAAGAUGAAGCUGGCUCAACAGUAUGUGAUGACGAGUUUGCAGAAGGACUACAAGAAACAGAUGCUAAUGGCAGCUCAUGCCCUCGCAGUGGACGCCAAGAACCUUCUGGACGUCAUCGACCAAUCACGACUCAAGAUGAUCACCCAGACUCGCCCACACUAGCCCCCCGGGGAUCCAAUCAAGCCUGGUUGCUGAUGAUGAUGUUGCUGUGGCGACGGAAGAGAACUUUUAGAUGGAUAUCAGUGAUGGACGGAUGAAAAAAUAUCGACUGACUGAAACAAUCAUCUCCCUCUUACCUUCAUCACGUCGUUUCCCCUCUGGCAACACUCUAUUGGUCGAUAUUGUGUUGUUUUGUACUUUUUGUCGUAUUAUUUUUAUUUUUUUGCUUUUGUAUCCAGAUAAACGCUCGUCUCUCUCAUCACGUAUCCUGAAAACAUCAGUACAACUUUUUUUAAACCGUUGAGUCAAGCAGAGGCUCCUUUUGCAGGACCGUACGGAUGUUUGGGUAAAUGGACGCACACCGUAAACCCGCCGCGUAAACACAACACUAACCCUCUCCGCACCGGCAGGACGUAAUAACUGGAACUGAAGAGCCAGAACGACGAGGAUAAUGAAGACGAUUUCAUAAUGUUGUUGUUUAAACAUUCUUUUAUAUCACUAUUGAUUAUUACUUCUCUUCUCAGCCUGGACUCUCACAGUAAGUCGACAGCUACUCCAGCCUUCUCUAAACGUGUACGUGCACAAAUGGAUUUACACUACAGCUGCUCGUUGAUGUCAUGAUUUCAUCUCUUUCUUCUUUCUUUUUUUCAAUCUUCCUCCCUAAAUAUUUCUAUCUCAGGCAUCGAGGCAUAAAACAUGAAAUAUGAAAGGUGAAUUUUUGAAGAACAAACUAAAUGUCUUUUUAAUGGUUAAAGAACAUUUGAAAAAAACUGCCACAGGCCACUUUUUAAGUUAACUACAUAGUAAAUAUACAAAGAAGCUAUAUUUUUAACACAUUUCUGAGGUGCGAGUGAAAAAGGGAGAUGGGUGAACGGGGGGGGAGUGGAGAUGGAGAGGUGGAGGAGGGGUUGUCUUUUAUAUACCAUGGAGGUGCUAAUUACAUUGUAUCAGUCGCCCUGUGCCAAAUGAACUGAUAUUGACUUUAAAAAAGGACAUUUCACUUAAAAUACUCAAGUCUUUGUGGUGACGUUGUUGCUUUCAGUGUAUUUGAGCCGUAGACUGAAAAUAAAGAUGGACAACAUGACAGCUUUCCAAAAGUGAAGCCAAAACGUCUCGAUCGCCACCUGCUGGCUGGCUGUAGUAUAGUUUGAAAAUCCUGCAUCCUCCAUGUUAGUAUAUGGGACAUGGACCAAAGUAAAAAGUCAAAGUCGAUUGUUCAAGCUAGUGUAUCUUCAGAAUUUCACUACCGUGACUGCUUCGAGACUCCAAACGAGCAAGAUGGCAGCGUUCGUGUUUGGGACAUUUUGGCUUCACUUCUGAACAGCGGGAGGAAGUGGAGACUCUACUUUAUUUUGUAUAAAUAGAAUAAAAUAUCUGAGUGUCAUAGAAUAAAAUCUCUCUUUUAAAAAUGUCUCAGUGUAGGAAAUAUAGCAUUUACAUUAAGCAGAAUACACACAGAAAGAUGGAGACAUUCCUAGAUCAGCAGGUGCACAGCACUGUUCCCAAAUCCCAGAGAUAAAAUUAGCUUUCAUUAAAAUAUAGAUAAAAAAAAUCAAGCUACACAUUUGUAGUGCGAGUGUGCAAUCAGCCCGAGGACAGUGUGAUGUUCAAAUCCAACAGCAGAAAUAUCACAGUAGUUUUAAGGAUGGGGUGAUUAUCCCAGAAUAAGGUACUGGGUCUGUUGGAGUCCAUCUUUACAAACAGUCUGAUUCGAGCCAGGUGUGUCCGUCAUGUUUUUGGUUCCUUUUGUCUUCACUUUCAUUUUCACUCAACAAUAUGCAACACGACAUUUCAGUUUCACUACGUCAAAUUUAUUGUCGUUUAGUUCAGGGUCUUUAAAAACUUAUUUUAGGGGUGAAUUACAGUUGCAGAUUCAUGUAUGAUUGGCUAAAAGUUUAUUGAACUUAAUUUGUGAGAAGUUCGUAUCUGCCAGAAUCAGGUUCCAGCAAUUCAAGUGUAAUUACACAUUAAAAACCAGCAUUUAUCUCCAAUACUCAGCGAGGAAACUUAAAAUAUGAAGAAUUCUAAACAGAGUUUGGUGGAUCUGUUACACCAGCAGCUCAUCUGGUUCAGGAAGCCGGGGAUCAUGGGUAAUAUCCAUCUUUCAGUUGUGUUUAGGUUUAAUGGGACUUCAUCGUCAGAGAGUUACAGGCUUUGUUUUUGUCUCUACGUGAAAACAACUAAUUAAGUAAUCACCAUGUGUGGCUGCAGAGGGCGCUGUUGCUCUGCAAAAGUCACGUGUCGCUUAAAACUUUGGGCUGGAGACUGAAAUGAGAUUUUUGAAUUUAAAAAUGUGUCCAACAGGAUUUGCUCUUAUUUCUCUCCUCCAAGUCUUCCUCUAUCUUUCUACCUCCUCUAUCGGAGUUAUUUAUACCUUUUUUUUUAUUCCUUCUCCUCUUCUAGUCUACCACCCUUCGUUCCUCCUCUUCCUCUGUCCCCUGCGCUCUGUCCUCCUCUCCUCCCUCUCAGAUUCUCUCUCUCCAUUCCACUGUUCCCUCUCCCCUGAGGUGAGCGGUAUUCUCAGGAAGGAGCCACAUGUACAGUUGCUAAACCAAGCAAAUAAAAACACUGUUAUCAUGAA